CCAUCGUAUGUUCUACGUUAUACGUAACGACGGGAACGCGCAGCUUUUUAUGUUCCCGACAGCUUUUGACUCAUACGUGUGAUCCUCGUGAUGAGAUAAUUGUUUUCGAUUUGCGUUCAGUUUACGUCACGAAAAAGAGAUAUUAGACAUUAACCAUGGGUAAGGGAAAUAAUAUGAUUCCAAAUGGCCAUUUCCAUAAGGAUUGGCAACGAUACGUGAAGACCUGGUUCAAUCAACCGGCGAGGAAGAUCCGCCGUAAGCAGAAACGUCUCAAAAAGGCCCGAGCUGCGGCCCCCAGGCCCGUAAACCUUCUGAGACCCAUCGUGCAUUGCCCGACAUUCCGCUAUCACACCAAGGUUCGCGCUGGUAAGGGUUUCACGCUCGCCGAGCUGAAAGCUAGCGGUUUGAACAGGAGAUUUGCUAAAACAAUCGGAAUUGCGGUCGAUCCUCGUCGUCGCAACAAGUCCAUCGAAUCCUUGCAAACCAAUGCUCAACGCUUGAAGGAAUAUAAGGCUAAAUUGAUCCUGUUCCCUGUAAAUGAGAAGAAGCCUAAGAAGGGCGAUGCGACCGAAGAGGAGAGGAAACUGGCGGUUCAGAUCAAGGGCGAGCCCAUGCCCAUCCGUCACCAGGCACCUGCGAAGGCAAAGGCUCGUCCGAUCACCGAGGAGGAGACCAAAUUCUCGGCAUAUGUAACCCUUCGUAAGGCACGAGCUGACGCGCGAUUAGUCGGCAUUCGUGCGAAGCGCGUCAAAGACGCGUCAGAGAACCCCGACGAUGUGACCAAAGUCGCGAAGGAUAAGAAACCGAAGAAGUAAUUCUCUAUACAUAUGACAUCUCUUUUUCUUUAUGUAUAUACAAAAAUAAAAUUUUCCUCUGACGGAAAA